CACAAUAACAAAAGCAAAGUGCAGUGCAGCAGCAUCAGCAACAAGAAAAAAAAACAACAGCAACUGAAGAUUGCAUCCAUUUUGCUCUCUUGCGUUUUGUUAGUGUAUUCAGUGCGAGUGUGUGUGUUAGUGUUAGUGUGUGAGUGUAUAUGUGAAGAGUGAAGAAAAGAAAGAAAAACUUGGAAGAAAAAGUGAAACGACCGGCAGCGAAAGCAGCGUGAAAGCAAACCAAGCAAUAAAUAAAAGUUAAUACAUAUGCAUAUGUAUAUAUAACGGCAAUCAGCAGUAAACAAAAGAAAAUAAAAUUUUGAAAAAACAACAACAACUAUUGCAAUAUAUCUUUUAACAUAUCUACGCAAUCGAACAGUUUUCAACCUCAAACUGCCAGCAAGCUUAGAAGCUGCUUGCGAACUUCGAUUCUUCCAUUUUCACUGUCUUCAAACUGAAUUUCCAUUUUCUCAAAGCAGUAGCCAGUAACCGUCAAGCUGCCGCUUCAAACGCUUAAAAUUGGAUUAUGCUUAGGCACAAACGCAACAGCAGUCAAAGCCAUAAAACGCAGCAGAGUGAGCAUGUGAAACUGUUGGCCACAUUGGAUGCACUGCAUCAGCAACAGUCCCAAACAAAAGCUCAAGCUUCGCCCGUCCAAUUGCUGCGUCAGCGUCUGCAGUUCAAUCAGCAUCUAAAUCAGCGUGUUACCUUCUGCCUGGAGCUCUAUCAUAAGAACAUAAUUAAAAAAUUGUCCGAGCUCAAUCUAAGCAACGUUUACAAAUUAACCAAAAACGUUUGCCAGACUUAAAAACUUUAAA